AUGCCUUCCGAAGCCACAGCAACAGACCAGGUGGUUGGAUUUGGCUUGGUAGCCUUCAGCCUUGUUCUCUUUGUUUACUACACCAUCUGGAUCAUCAUACUGCCGUUCAUCGACAGCGACCAUGGGAUCCAUCAGUACUUCUUGCCCAGGGAGUAUGCCGUUAUUAUCCCUGUGGCGGCCGGGCUCCUGCUGCUGCUAUUUAUAGGCAUUUUCAUAGCGAUUGUGAUGUGGAAGAGCAGGAAACCUGUGAAGAAAUCAGACUGAAGUCCCAACUGAGAGAGUUGAGGAGAAGGCAUCCACCCUUCAACAUCUUAGCUGGGGAAAGACUUUGCCUGCAGCACCAAGUGGACACCUCCUCCAAAGCUCUCCUCUGCAGUAGAAGUGGUGCUGAGCUGGCUGCUCUCUCUCCAAUGUUCCUACCUGGAGAGGUGUGACUGGGUAUAAUUUACAGCUCACGGACCAAAGGGAAGCAAAACUCUGACCUACAGGAGGAGCCAUUUCGAAAGGGACCAGAACUCCAGCUAUGACGGAUCUGCUCCUCAGCUGGAGCUACGUGUAGCGGCAGUGGCUUUGGCCUGUGCUGUGGGGAGGAACUGUGAGGGCACAGCAGCUGUAGCUACCAGAGUGUGAGUCUAGCUCUGACCUGUCAGGAGCUCGGCCUCUGGGAAGCUGUUCUCCUCUACUCUUCCUGUGUCUAGUAGUUUGUUCCUUAUGUUUUUUAAAACUGUUUACGUGUGGUUUGUUGGGUUUUUAAUUGGGUUCAAGAUGUAGAGAACAGAAAGAAGACUCUGGGCUUGGGAAAGGCAGACUUGCGUUCUCCCUUAGCCUGCUGGAGGGGCUAACCAUGGUCCUGGUGGGCUCAUGUUUAUGAAGAGGGAUCCCUGUGAAGCUGGCCUGGCGGAGGAUGCAGGACAGUGCCGUGUUCUGCUGUUCUCUGGCAGGUCUGCCUGCAUCCCCUCCUGCAGUCAUCCAGCCGAGGGAAUGGGGAGGAUGCUUGUGCCCUGGACUGCAAAGGAAGCAUUUGGCUCCUCCACUAAUGAAUGCGGUUCCAACCACAGCUGUCAGCUGCUGGCUUGGUUCCUGCCCUCGCCAAGGCUCUGCGCGCCAGCAUGGCUGGGGCCGAGCGGACAGGCACUGCAGAACUCCAUCUUCUCACUGUGGGGUCUCUUCUCCUGGCAGCAGCUUC